AUGUAUGCGCUGAUCAAUCUACGACAAAGGAGCAGAUCGCCACAAUUGCCAUUUGAAUCGACCUCAAACCAGCCCACUAACCCGGCUCUCCCGACCGUCUCCGGUUGCCGCUUCACAGGAUUUACCGACACUGGGAAUUGGUCAAUCCGAAAGUACUGCAAUAUUUGCCGCGCACUGUGCCCUAGUUUUGGGGCGUGGGGAACUCUAUCCUUGCCUGAUUUGACUAGGCAAGGUCAAACAUUUUUCGAUGUCUGCUUGCGCAUCGAAUACCGCCGAUAA